AUGACUUCCCUGAUCGACCUUCUCAGUCCCCGGUAUGCACCCAUCCAACGCGUUCUCCUCGAUCAUCUAAAUCCGGGCGCUAUCGCAAGGCUCACCUGCACCUGCAAGGCCUUCGGCUGUUUGUGGCCAACGCUGAUGGCUUCUGACUACAACAUCAACUACAAACUUCGGCAUUUCUUCAAAGACCCUCGGGAAUUCCGGUCCGUUCAAGGAGAAUGCGGCGCUUUUCUGGAAGACUGCUUCCAAUCGUUCAACGCUAUUGGCUGCUUAAGCUUCAUUGUGCGCUCGAAACUCGAGUGUACGCGAUUAAUUGUAGCGGUUGAAGCCACCCGUAGGGCACCGCUAGUGGAUUACCUGGCUUCUGACGGCUUUGUGCAUUAUGAUCCAUUUCCACAGGAACCACACCUGAGUGAGGGUCUUUACUGCACAGAAAAGCUAGGUGUUGACGGCGAAUUGAGGCAUGUGGAGCUUCGCUACUGGGACACUAACCAAUUAGAUGUGCAUAUGCUCUGCCGUCGAGAGACCCAUAAGUUGCGCUUCCUGACGUGGAACAAAGCAUAUACGAUAUUCCCUUACGAGACCUUUGUCAAAGAGACGUGUCAUCUGACGGAACCUGACGACAAGAGACUUGAGUAUUACGUAUACAAUGCACAGUGCCUAGGGAACGACGAGAAAAAUUGCAUGACUGACGGAGUACUGGGCGUGGAAAUGGAUGGACCAAGCAAUAUAUUUCGCAGGAUAGGAGACUCGCGGACCUGGAUACUCGAUCUCGACACUGCCGGUGUCGCAGUACCUGAGACGCCUGACACCAUACUUGAGUCUUCCAGUUUCGAGCUUCGACGUUGCUCUUCACCGUUUAUAUACAGGGCUUUCAACGAGUCGCUGGGCAUCAAGGAUAAAUAUCCGAGAUAUGAUCAGCUAUAUGAGAAUCUCAGCCACGCAGUCCUCAAGUAUCGGUACCUGAUACCACCGGGCACUGGCCAUUCGGUGAUGAACAAGAAAUGCGACGCUAUUCUCAAGAAGUUGGAUCGCUUGACACGACUUGAGCUGAAGAAGAUUCCGGAAGCAGAGCGGCCGUUGGCAUAUUACGAAUUUGAGAGCGGAGAACUGAGAGCCACCUACAUGCGAGAUGCUUUCACGCUACAGGCAUUUACGCUCCCAACCACAUGGACGUUCUACGACGAGGAGAUUCUUGCGGAUUUGGAUGAUGCAUGGGAGAGUCGCGACGAGGUUUGGGUCGAGGAUGAAGCGGAGGGAGUGCCCCGAGCGACUAGAUGGACGUUGAUGGCUCAGUUGAUGCGGCUUUAA